AUGUUUAAACAAUCUAUCAUCCUAUUGGUUACCUACUUAACAAUUAGUACUGCCAUUCCAUUUGGUCAAGUAUUCACUGGCCAAGCUUCAUACUAUAACGAUGCCGGUACUGGAUCAUGUGGAACUUCAAUCAAUGCUGCUACUCAGAUGUUGGUUGCUGCUCCAGCUGCUCAUUGGACUUCUGCCAAUCCAAACAGUGAUCCACUCUGUAACAAUGUCUUCAUCAAGGUUACUUACAACGGAAACACAAUUACAGUUCCAGUCAAGGAUAAAUGUCCAUCGUGUCCAGCCAACAAGAUAGAUCUCUCACAACCAGCUUUCUCUGCUUUGGCCAACACCGAUCUUGGUAUCAUUCCAAUCACCUGGGAGUAUGUAAGUGGUUCAACUGGAGGUUCAACCACCACCGGUCCAUCAUCAACUACCGGAUCAGGCAGUUGUGGAAACACAGCUACCGUUGCCGCCGGUGAGGGUUGCUAUCAAGUCUGGACCGCUAAGUGUGGUAAGACAUGGGACCAAAACGUAUUCAACCAAUACAACCCAGGUGUCAACUGCAAUGCUCUCCAAGUCGGUCAACAACUCUGUUGCGGUAGUGGAUCAGGUUCAUCGACCACCGGAACUGCACCAUGUUCAAUUAAGAAAUCAGUUGCUUCUGGUGACGGUUGCUACCAAGUCUGGACUGCCAAGUGUGGAAACGCUUGGGAUGAGCCAACCUUCUACUCCAAGAAUCCAGGUGUCAACUGUGCUGCUCUCCAAGUUGGUCAACAACUCUGUUGUAACUAA